AUGUUUGUUAUUGCGAUCAGCAUACGCAAUCAUAAGAGAUUUGCGGAAUUCACUGCUGUUUCGUUUCUUCUAAUAACAACAUUAACAAACAAUAAGAGAAUAAAAUGGAUAUUGAAUAUACAACAAAAUCGAGAAAAACGUAAUCGUUCGUAUGAUGUCGAAAUAACGCGUGAACAGUAUCAAACGAUUGCCAGAAAGCAGUCGAAUGCAUUAGAAUUCGAUGCGUUCGUUGACGUUUUGCGUCCAUUUAUAAUGGGCUUCUAUGAAAACGGUGAACUGGAAACCGCUUUUCGAAGAUUAGAUUCCGAUCGUUCGGGUACAAUACAUUUAGACGAACUAAACAAUUUCUUGCCAAUCUUGAACGAUUCAGUAAAUAAUCAGGCCUUACAAGACUAUGUAAGAAAAGUCGAUGAAAAUUUCGAUGGAACAAUGAAUUACGAUGAAUUUCACAAUCUUGCAGAUCCUUUGGGGCAAUUGCCUACAAUGGAACCGAAUCUCAAUUCAAACAACAAACGUGCAGCACCUGAUGGAAACGAUGAUGCGGAUAAUAAUAACAACAACAAUAACAAUAAUAAGAGAUCACGAACGAACCGAGUCGACCUAAGAUUUCUGUUAGCGUCACGAGAUGCUGGUGCAAUAAUUGGCAGACAGGGGAAGAACAUUCAGAUGUUACGAUCCAAGUAUAAAACCAUCGUUCAAGUGCCAGAUCAAGAUGGACCUGAGCGCAUAUUGACUAUUGCUGGUGAACUUGAGCCAUGUCUGGAUUGCCUUACGGAUGCAUUAGCUACUAUGGCUGAGAAUCAGAAAUUACGUCAGGACAUAAGUGAAUUGCGUGUUCUUGUUCAUACCUCACAAGCAGGCGCCGUUAUUGGAAAAGGUGGUGAACGCGUAAAAGAAUUAAGAACUCGACAUGGCCUCGAAUUGAAAGUCUUUAGUGAUACUUGUCCCGAUUCCACUGAUCGAGUCAUUCUAUGUCGUGGUGAACAGCGAGCUAUACUCAACUGUCUUCGAGAUAUUUUCACACAAAUUGAUAAAAUUCCGCCUCGUGGCCCAAUUCAUCCAUAUGAUCCUUCCUGUUACUCCGAACAACAGAUUCACGGUUACGGCGGCUUUGCGCACGAUGAAACUAGUAUGUACGGUGAUCGACGCGGUCGCGGCGGUGGAAGCAAUGGAAAUGGAGGUAGCGAUGGAGGUGGAUUUCGUGGCUACGAUCAAUGGGAAAUGAAUAAUAUGCGAGGUGGUGGUAUGUACAAUGAUGACUAUGGUCGUCCGCCUAACCAUAGUUUCUAUCCUCCUUCUGCACCUGCACCACCGCCACCACCACCACCACCGCUGCCACAUCAUCAGAUGAUGAUGGGCGGCGGUGGUAAUAGCGGCCAUGGUCCGAUCCGUCCAAUGAUGAGUUCCUACGAUCAAUCACCCGACACUGAAACGCAACAAGUUACAAUUCCACAUGAACUUGCUGGCGCUAUUAUUGGCCCACGCGGUACACGUAUCUCCCAAAUCCGUCAACAAUCAGGUGCAUCAAUUAAAAUCGAUGAUCCACUACCGGGUACAAACGAUCGAAUCAUUACUAUUGUUGGUGCUCGUAAUCAGAUUUCUCAAGCUCAACACCUAUUACAAACAGCUGUUCGACAAUCAGGUCUUUAUCCAGGAUGA